AAAAACUAGGAAGGGUCCCCUAGACAGCAGGGAUAGUAAAACAGUUUUUUUUUUUUAUUUUGAACUCUUUAAUUUUGAUAUUUUUCCACAAUUUGGCGCGUAAUGUCGGAGAAAGAGAAGUUUUUCCAGCCCAAGAGGCUGCAGCCCCGCCCCCCCAAGGCUUUGCGGGUGUGCUUCCUGCGGAAUGGAGACCGCUACUUCCCGGGCGUCAACAUGGCUAUAUCCAGGAGCCACUUCAAGGACUUCCAGGCCCUGCUGCAGGCAGUCACCGAGGCCCUAAGACGCCACGUGGUCCUGCGGUCGGCCAUCAAGAAUAUCCUGCGGAUUGAUGGCUUGCCCCUCACAUCGCUGGGCUGCUUCAGCGAGGGCGACAUUGUGAUCUGCUGCUGCCAGUACAAAGAGUUGGCUUGGGUCGAGUACUGCGUUAACAAGGACUUCCAAAGGCAGAUGGACUUGCAAAGCCGUUGGCAUCAACGUAAGAUACGAGAAGGGACCCUGGAGAAGAUCACGGCUCAGGAUAUGCCAGAGGCCAUUCAGCUUUACAUCUGUAACCUGAAACCCGUGGUGCAAACUGCGAGGACGCUGAUCUGUCGUGGCAGGACGAGGGCUAGCCGGAUGAAUUGCAUCGUGAAGAUGGUGAACAAGCAGUACAUGAACUACACCUGCGAGGAUCCCUAUAUAGAGGCGGAUGUCCUGCGGCGCCUGCAGUCGCACCCGAAUAUUGUGGAGCUCAUGUACUCCGUGGAGGAGGAAAGGUAUAUUUACAUGGUGUUGGAGUACCUGGACUGGGAUGUGGAGGAGGUGCUGCAGAAGUACGGUUCCAUGUCGGAGGCAAAUGCCAGAUUUGUGGUGAGGAGCACAGCGGCGGGACUGAAUCGCAUGCAGCAGUUGCAAAUCAUCCAUCGGGAUAUUAAGCCCGAGAACCUGCUGAUACGCUUUUCACCGAGCUCCGGGAUUAGGCUUCAAUUGGUCAAGAUAGCUGAUUUUGGAUUAUCAGCAUACUACCGGGGCAGCAAACUCCAUUCCUACUGCGGAACCCCAUGCUACAUGGCCCCUGAAUUGGUGGCAGGGUCGGGCUACGAUUACCAGGUGGAUCUUUGGUCACUGGGCGUGACCCUCUUCCAAAUGCUUCCUUUCCUUUCUAGCCCAAUAACUUUGUUAUUAACAUUUGUGAAAUUCACAGUACCUUCAGAUUUGUUUAGGUUAUCAAUAAAUUAAAAUAGUUUAGGCACCUCACAAA